UUCACGUCAAACACAGUCAUUGUCUAACUGCCAGUCUGCAGUGUCAUCUUAGUUUUUACUUACAAGAAUAUUUGAGAGGAUCAAGAAAACAUGGAAUUCUCAGAGAACAGCACUAAAAAGAGGAUCAAGAAGGAGUCAUUCGUCGACAAAACGAAAGAGCCUCAUUUGUUGUUUUAUCGCAUUCCACCAAUCGAGAACAUUUCCCUCUCUGAAUUCGAGGAGCUGGCAAAACGAAGAUUGGCAGUUUUGAAGCAUGUUGAAUCUGUUGGUAUCCGACAUGUCAAAGGAAGCGAGGAGUACAAUGAAAGGAUGGAUAAAGAACUCAAGAAAUUGAUGCCCAUUGCUCACAGGAAGAUGAGUGGAGAAGAUUUGGCAGCUCACAAGCGAGAUGACCGAAUCUCACAUUUCAUCUUGAGGUUGGCGUACUGCAGAUCGGAAGAUCUGAGGCGAUGGUUCAUUCAGCAAGAGCUUGAUCUGUUCCGAUAUCGAUUUCUGAGGGAAUACAGUGAAUCUGUCACUCAAUUCCUGGCUGAAAACAAGCUUCAUUAUACCCCAAUCCCUGAGAACGAGAAGGACGCAUUGAAUGAGAAGCUGGUGAGAUCGUCGUCGGGGAUCAGCGCAUCCAUGAUGGCCCAUACAGACUUCUUCAAGGUGCCUUUCACAGAGGCAUUGGACCUGGUCAGAGGGAGGAAGGUCUUCAUUCAAAAAGGAUAUGCCUUUGUACCACACAGUGAGUUGGUAUCCAUUGUAAUAACAGCUUUCAGGUCUCAUCUAUCUCAGAGUCUCGCUAUCACGGCUAGAGGAAUACCCCACUUGGAGGAAGAUGGCCGCCUGCUGCCGAUGCUCAACAACCUGAGCAAGCAGUACCUAGGCCAGGACUACAGCAACAGCAAGAGGUCCGGGAACUCCGCCAUCAACCUUGAAGACAUAGAGAAGUAUUCCAAGCAGUCGUUCCCGCUGUGCAUGCGUCAGCUUCACAUGUCACUCAAGGAGCAUCAUCAUCUACGCCACGGCGGCAGGAUGCAGUACGGGUUGUUCCUCAAGGGUAUCGGGAUGACCUUGGAGCAGGCCAUGACCUUCUGGAGGUCAGAGUUCACACGUAUCAUGGACAUGGACAAGUUUGAUAAGCAGUAUUCCUACAACAUCCGUCAUAACUACGGCAAGGAAGGCAAGCGGGCAAACUACACACCAUACAGCUGUAUGAAGGUCAUUAUGAGCAAUGCACCAGGACAGGGAGAUUACCAUGGUUGUCCGUUCCGUCAUACUGAUGGUGCCUUGUUGAAGCAGCGACUCUCCACCUUUGGGCUGACACAGCAGGGGGUUGACCAGGUGAUGGAGCUGGUCAAGGGUCAUCACUAUCAACUGGCUUGCACCCGAUACUUUGAGCUCUCGCAUAACGUCCCUGAAACUGAGUUUCUUCUCAACCAUCCUAACCAAUACUUUGAGGAGAGCUUGAGGGUGAGAGGAGGGGGCACUGGCAGGAAAGAAGGUUUCUCCUCAACCCCAUCGAACCGAAAACCAGUGUCGCGUUACGCCUCUACACCAUCGCAAAAUACUUCCCAGUCACCAUCAACAGCGCCCUCACAGGCCAAGGUGAAGACAGAGCCUGAAGCCGCGUUUGACGAGAUGGAUAUAUCCUUCGAGGAGGCAGAGGCUCUAGAAAAGGCUCUCCAAGAAGCAACUACUGCUUGAUAAAGAACUAGCCGCUGCCAGCAUCACCUUGUGUUUCAUUUCUUUACUUUUUAUAAUUUCAUAAUAUAGUGUUUCUUUUCUUUUUUUCUUUGCUAAAAACCAGAAACUUUUGCAAAGUACAUCAAAGAAUCGUUAAUGUUUACAAGGAUAACCAAAAGACCAUUUUUUGUAAUGUAGCCAAAUUUGUACUUACCGUAUGUAUGCCUCGAUACAAAUUAUUUCAUUUACACGACUGUUACAAAUAAUUGUAUUUCA